GCCCGGGGACCCUGGAUCCGAGCGGGGUCCCGGCGGAGCGCGGCGCCCCCUGCGGUGCCGGGCCGUUGGAGCAGGAUGGCCCAGGGGUCCCCUCCUGUGAUGUUGACCCCGGCUGGGCUGGCGGCCCGAGGAUGCCCACAGCAGGGUGGAGCCAGUGCCCCCCAGCACGAGGGGGAUGGCGACAGCAGGCACCGGGCCCGUGGAGACGUGGGGCCGGAUGUGUGGUGGGAAGAGGUGCAUGGAGACACAGGGACACUUUCAGAUCUGGGUGGCCGAAGGAAGGGGGACCAUGGGGGCCAGGCCGUGGGGGAGGGGGAGCAGACAAGGGCUGGGGGACAGGCUGCCUCAGUGCGCCCCCGGCGGUACGGGUGCAGCGUGUGCGGCAAGGCCUUCUCACAAAGCUCCACGCUGAUCGUGCAUCGGCGAUCGCACUCGGGCGAGCGCCCCUACGCCUGCGAGGAGUGUGGCCGUGCCUUCGCCCAGAGCUCGGGCCUGGCCAAGCACCGGCGGGUGCACACAGGCGAGCGCCCCCACCCCUGCCCCGAGUGCGGACGGCGCUUUGGCAAACGCUCGAACCUGGCAGUGCACCGGCGGGCCCACACUGGUGAGCGCCCCUUCCCCUGCCCUGCCUGCCCCAAGACCUUCGCCCGGCGUGCUGACCUAGCCGUGCAUGGCCGCACCCACACUGGGGAGCGGCCCUACCGCUGCGCUGACUGCGGCAAGGGCUUCAGCACUGGCUCCAACCUCGCGCAGCACCGGCGCACUCACCAGCCCGAUCGGCCUUACCGCUGCGCCCAGUGUGGGAAGGGCUUUCCUGGCAGCUCGGAUCUGCUGCGCCACUGGCGCUCCCACACUGGGGAGCGGCCCUACCAUUGCGGCAUCUGCGGCCUGGCCUUUGCCCACAGCACGGUGCACCGGCGCCACCAACGGGCCCACCUGGAGGAGUCGCCCUACCGCUGCGGAGACUGUGGGCGCAGCUUCGCCCAGCGCUCUGACAUGGUGGUGCACGGCCGCACUCACACUGGCGAGCGCCCUUACCGCUGCCCUGACUGCCCCAAGGCCUUUGCCCAAAGCUCCCACCUGGCCACCCACCGGCGCAGCCACACCGGCGAGCGCCCCUACCGCUGCCCCGACUGCCCCAAGGCCUUUGCCCAGAGCUCAGCCCUCACUGUGCACAGGCGCACCCACACCGGCGAGCAGCCCUACGCCUGUGGCGAAUGUGGCCGACGCUUCCACCGCAGCUCCAAUCUUAUCCGUCACCAGCGCACCCAUACGGCCGAGCGCCCCUUCGCCUGCCCGCAGUGCGGCCGACGCUUCCACCGCCGCUCCAACAUGGUGGUGCACCAGCGCACCCACUCCCGGGCCAAGGGGCUCUGCCUGCCGGCGGCUGGGGACUCUGCCCGCUGGGAGGCCUUGGAGACAGAGAACCCUAGCCCUAUGCCCACAGCCACAGGGACUAUAUAGCCCUGCCCUGGCCCUAGAGCCUUGCUUGAAUGCUGUGCUCUUCUCAGCCCAUCCCGGGCGCUGCGCCCCCAAAAGGCCCUCAAUGAGGUGGGGCAAGCAGAAGGCUUGCAACAACCUGGCAGGGAGAGCGCUUGGCAUGGCCCCUUCGCCCAGCUGUGAGGCCCAGCCGCAGCAGCAGCAGCGAGACAAAGUAGGCUGGGAGCUCAGGGGCCGCGUUUGCAUCUUGAGAGCGAUUUGCCAGGGAACUGCCCCCUCCAUCACUGGGUGCUGUUAACAGCCAGACCGUGCUGGGAGCCAGGUGUUAGCUCCACCACCAGAUAGGGGCUGGCCACUGGGAUCUUCGCCAGCUCCCGGCUCUGGCGUUCAGGGCCCAGCUACUGCUGGAACAAGGAUGAGGAUGUUCUGCAGGCUGCAUGUGGGGAGAAGGGGAAGCUGGGCUGAUGGUUCUGUUUUAAAAUAAAGCAUUUGUACUCUUUUGGAAGACGAUCCCCAUUUCCUCAAGGGCCCUUGUCUUGCUGGGAAGCCACCCUCCCCAGUGGUAGGUGGUGUCCCACCCACACUGGGUCAUGCCCAGCCUCAGAGUUCAUGGGCCGCUGGGGGCAGGACACACUGUCCCAGCGUGCACUGUGAACGUAAUGCCCUCCCAUGGUCCAUAGCACCCAGGUG